AUGGUUCAUAAUGUGCAGAAGAUUGCUACUUUCACUAUUAAGAAUGGCAAAGUGUUUCAAGCAGUUAGAGACAAGGAUGCUAUUAUCUCUGACAUGCUUAGUGAAACUGGCUUGCACUUGGAGGAAGAGGACGAGAUGUCUAUCAUGGAGAAUUACAACACUCAAAAUUGCUUUGAGGUUCUAUCUGGUGAUCUUGCGCAAUGCAGUUUUGUUCAACAUCUCUGGAAGAGCUACGUACCCCAUAAAGUGAGUUUUAUUCUAUGGGAUACAUUUCAUAAUUCAUUACCAACUAGAGAUAUGUUAAUUCGUAGAGGAAUGGAAAUUGAAAGUGACCGGUGCUUGCUCUAUAAUACUGAAAUGGAAACAGUUGAUCAUAUGUUCAUCCACUGUUCUUAUUCCUUUGAAGUUUGGGAUUACUUCAUCAAAGCGUUCAAGAUUUCAUGGCCUCUGCCAGGUACUUUAUUACAACUCUUUGAUGCGUGGAAAACGAAUGUGCUGAGUGGUAGAUCUAAGGAGGUGCGGAGAAUUGUCCAUUAUGCUAUUUGUUGGUUGCUUUGGAAGGAGAGAAGUGGAAGAGUGUUUGGUGCAAGGCAGAGAUGUGCUUCAGAAACCAUUGAUCAUGUUAAGAUGUUGAUUGUUUUAUGGUUGUCUGAUACAAACACCUUUAAGUUUGUAAACUCCAGUCUUGUAUGGAGUAACUGGGAUACUCUUAUGAGUGCUUAA